UGAUUUGAAAUUACAACCUGUAUAUAUUUCUUCGGUCCCUAGAAGCCACGAUACAGAAUUGUCCAUGCACAAUGCAUGUCCUUUAUGGCUCGCCACAGUCAAGGACGGCAAUUUUACUCGUAAGUGGCAAGAGAAGAAAUACCUUAAUGCAUUUAUAUCGGAUAUUUCUCGGAGAAUUAGCGAUCGAUUAAAAAUUGAGCCACCUUUAGAUCCCAUUCAUAUUAAUUAUAUUUAUCGCGCAUGCUCAUUUGCGGUGUCAUUUUCUGAUAAAAAUGAUACUUGGUGUAGUCUACUCGAGAAAGAUGAUUUUUUACAAUUAGAAUAUCUACUUGAUAUGGGCUAUUAUUAUUCCUUUUCUUACGGAUAUCAGCUUAAUACCAAAUUGGCUUGUCGAUUUUUCACUAGUUUUGUAGAAUCGGUAGAAUCCUAUUUAACUGGACGAUCACAAGUUAAAAGUACUUUGAAAUUUGCACACGCAGAAACGAUAAUUUUUUUGACAACAAUGUUGAGCUUGUAUGAAGAUGAUUAUCCUUUAACUGCUGAUACUUUACCACAACAAAUCGCAUCGCGCAAAUUUAGAACAAGCAGGUUGACCCCAUUUGCAGCAAACGUUUAUUUUGAGAUAUAUAAUUGUUCAGCCAGGUAUGACGAAGAUCCUGUCUUUGGCACGACCCUUAUUCAAAUUCUGGUUAACGAAAAACCCACGGUGAUACCUAAGUGUAUUUACACCUAUUGUCCGUGGAAUACGUUCAAACGAUUAUUAGGUGAUGCUAUUAAUUGCGAUUUCGAUGAUAUGUGUAAAUUGACUCAUGACAGAUUUG